CAGAGAAGAUUAGCAUACCUCCUCGGGGCGGACUUUACACAUAAGACGGCUAAUAACGACGACGUAGAGACCAAACAAGUGCUCACUGAGUCGGGAGGAGGAGUCUUAAUCGUGUUAUUCCUUCCAGACGCAGACAGGGAGACGCACUCAUGCCCGUCAUGGUGUCUGAACGCAGACGCUCGGUGGGAAACAGUAACAACACCCAUUGAGUGGCAGUUUGACCCCCCACCCAUGCGGAAAGUUAUAAAAGAGAUCUUUAUUUUCGAACCAGAGAGCUUGGAAGAAAGCCUGUUUUCAUGAGAAAUGCACGCGGCGGAUAGAAGUGAGAGAGUAGCGGAGAGGAGAGCUGAAGCGACGACAGCGUCCGCGUAUACUGAGGAUGGGCUCGAGGGAACGGCUAAAACGGAGAGUGAUAAUAGCGUGCCUGGUGAAAAUAUGGGCAUAAAUCACACUAAAGAGGAGGAAAAUGUGACAUCAGACGAAUCGGUCGUAUCUUCGCCGCCCUCACUCAAGGUGAGGGAGAGGGAAACGGCAAAAACGGCGGAGACAGCUCAAGUAAACAAAGAGAUCAAAGAGAAAACAUCAAGAAGGGAAGUCUUGGCUCAAGGCGGCCCACGCAAAGAGGACAGCCUGCCGAGCACAGAGACACCAGAGCAGGCCAGAUUCAUCAAAUGGACAACUGGGAGUGGAGAAGUUCCUGUUGGGAAGUCCUUCUGGGGCCUCAGGAUGAGAGAGGACGUCCCGGAAGAGACGAGCGGCCCUCGAGAAGAGACCGGAGCCAGAGCUUUGACCAACGGGCCGGAGACAGACGGGAAAGUCGUCCAACGUGAUUCAGAAAUGAACUCGGUUACGGACACGCGGCCAAAACCGGCGCUCUGCAGAGGUUUGACACAUCGCACUGUCGCCGGGCGGAGACGCUGUGCGGAGAGAGCUGCAGCAAUGGGAUCCAAGAGGUCUUCCACGGAUGCACUCGAGUACACAGGGGAGUGGGAGGAGGAGGAGAAGGAGCACAUCAGAUGCCAGAAGGACAGCCUCCUCAAUCACGACCAGCGCGAUCAUUUCUAUUAUCUUGAUGGAGUGAUGAGAAGGGUGAGGAGUAAUCUGUACCCCUUUUACAGGAGACGCAGGUAACACAGAGAACAGGGUCUUCAGGGCGAGAAGCAGAGGAGGCUCUCGGGAACGCGUCCUCGGUUACAUCCCACGUCUUUCCUCUGGGAAAUAAAUCCAGUCACUUCAAAUCAUCAGGCGCUGAAGAUGAUUAAAUAUAAACACAACAAACUAUUGGAGGCCCAACAAAGAAACAACGUAUUCAAGCACCGACGAUGCAGAGGUCUCAUUUUUACCAGCUGAAUAUGAAAUGCAAUAUUUCUGAUUGGAGGCGAGUCGGCCAUGCUGGAAUGUCAAGGAGGAAACACACUUCCUGCCUGGGCUGUAUGAGUUCAUGUAGUAUUUAUGGAACAGAUAAUGACCCUUCUGACCAGGGAGAAUACUGAAUUCGGUCCGAGGAAUCAGAACAUAUGUACAAGAGAAGUUAUAUGCCAGAGCUUGAUUUUAUAUUAAUGUUUAAUACUUUGAUCUGAACAACCCCGGCAGGCGAUAAUAUUAAUUCAAUGUAAUAAAAUGUACUAUGUGUUAUAUAAUUCAAUGUAACUCGACAUGAAAACAUCAAUUCAAAGACGCUCAUCUGUACAAAACAUUUAUUUGAAAUUGACAUAAAAACAGCUUUGACUUA